UGUGUUUCUGAUGAUAGGAAUCCUUUUACUCGUCUCCCCCAGGUCGGCAUUCCCGAAUUGGCUACUUGCAGAAUUGCUAAUCCAAUGCGUUGUCGAAACCCGAGAUGGAUUCCUGAAGCACCGACACUUCUUAUUCUUUUCCCCCUUCGCAAUUUUCUAGCUCUUUAUCUACUCAGAAAACCAUACCGCUCAUAAUAGGUGUAAGGUCCUACAGCAUCUAUAAGAUUUUCAUCGAUACAAUACAUUAGCUGUCGGGUUCUAUAGCCUCCGUAAUAUCACCAUCCUAAGCCUGACCGAAUACUUGGGUGUUUUGUACGAACAUGAGUAAUAAACGCCGAGUCAUGGUCACGAUCCACCACCGUGAUGAAAUGUCGCUCGGUGAAAAUCGAUCACGGUUAGGCUACGAAGCAUUUCACUGGGGAAUCUUGAUUGCGCCUAAGGGCUCCAAAGGCCCUGACUGCACGGCAUACGAUGUGUCUGAUGGGGCAAUUCCUGAUCCGAAUACUCGACAAGAUCUCAAUCCAGAACGAAACUGGUUCUUCCGACCUAAGGAACGAGUUGACCCCAUCAGAAGCGGUCGUCUUAUCGGUAGAGUGUUGAUCGGAAAGGUUCCAAACCAUAUCUCAGACGCGCAAAUCCAGACGAUUCUCGUCGCGGUUCCUCUUCCGAUUAAAAAUACAACAGAGAGCUGCGUGACUUGGACCUCUGCUGCAAUCAGAUCGUUACAAAAUAAUGGAAUAGCUAAACAAUUCGACAUAGAUCGGUUUAUGGGUCGGGCCCUUACGUUGGCUGAUGAGUGGUUGGCGAAACCCAAAUCUGACAAUCUCUACGAUUAUACCAGAACAUUUUCGUAGUCAUUAUAAUCAGAUUACGGAUUUUGUUGGCCUAUUUAUCGUAUUGCUAUUAUUCACCGGUUCACAUACGGUGAUCCUGGACGGGAUCGUGUCAUCACCA